UAGAAUUUAAUCCAUUUAUCUUACACAUCUAAUGUGAGGUUCUAGAAUUUUUUGUGUUCCAUGAUAUAGUUGGGCUAGGUUUUGCUACUUCUGUUUUUGUUUGACUUUUUCUUUUCUAGCUGCUUCAAUUAGGUAUUAUAGAGACAAAAUAGAUUUUUUCCUUAGAUUCGAUAGCUUCUCUCUCAUAUGAUUGGUGGUACUUUUCUGUUUGUUUAUAUUUCUUUAUAGUUUAUUCCAACUGAAGCUUUUGUUGAUUUGUUUCCUCCUUGUAUUUGGAAGAAAACAUUGAUUGCCCAAACCAUUAGAAUGGUCAUUGAGUGGUUAAAUAUUAUUUUAGCAUUUGCUACUUACCUAUAUGACAUUUAGCUGAUGUCUUUGACCGUGUGAUGUUCAUAUCUUUCUUUGUGCUUGAUUCUUGAUGUGUAUAAAAUUUAUGAAAAUGGUGAAGGCUGUUGCUGUUCUGGCUUUUGGAUAGUGGUGAGGGUGUUAGAGCACCAUUUACUUCACUCAGGAAGCAGACAGUGAAAAUUUUCCUGAAAUAGUUGAUGCUAAAUUUCUUGCAAAUCUAGGAGAAAUAGAAGACAUGGAAAAAGGAUCCCAAAGUUGGGAGUUUGCUUUGCAAGCCGUGGAAAGGAGCAUAGGUCAGCAAGGUAUUUUUAUUCACAGAGAAGUAGCAGUGAAAAUUGUUCUAUGGAUCGUAUGAUCAUUUAAAGAAUCAGUUAGUGAUGAAAGGAUUCAGAAUAGUAUGUUUUUUCAUUUUCAAUGAUAUCACUAUGUAAAAUGAGCUCAAUAGGAAGCAGGAUUCUUUGGUUGCCAACGCUUCAAGUGAAAAGAAUUAUCUUCUGCUUCUGCAAGUAUAUUUGAUUGUAGUAAUAUCUAAUGGAGUGUAACAAGGAAGAGGCUCUUAGAGCCAGGGCUAUUGCUGAAAAGAAGAUGCAAAUUAAAGAUUUUGCUGGGGCACUGAAGAUUGUUCAAAAGGCUCAGAAUCUCUUCCCAGAGCUUGAGCAUCUCUCUCAGAUGCUUACCGUUUGUGAAGUUCAUUGCUCUGCUGAUGUUAAACUUGGUGGAGAGCUGGAUUGGUAUGGAGUUCUGCAAGUACAGCCAACAGUAGAUGACUCAUCUAUCAAGAAACAGUUCAGAAAACUUGCGCUUCUACUUCAUCCUGACAAGAACAAAUUUGCAGGUGCUGAGGCUGCCUUCAAAUUAAUUGGAGAAGCAAAUGUUGUUCUAUCUGAUAAGGCAAAACGACAUCUUUAUGACAUGAAAAGGAAGGCAUCCCCAAGAGUUGACCCAUCCAGACAACCUGCUCCACAGAUGAGGAAGAACACUUAUGCCAGUGAUAGUUUUCAUGCUGUGAACCUUAAUGGCGUUAAUAAUCAGCAGAAACAACCUUCAGCAUUUGCUAAUAAUCAGACUUUUUGGACGAUUUGCCCUGUUUGUAGCAUAAGAUACCAGUACUACAAGAACAUAAUGAACAAGACCAUCCGCUGUCAAAACUGUCUGAAAACUUUCAUUGCAUAUGAUAUAAGUGCAAAAGUUGCACCCACUGGAGGACAUCCUAACCAAUCAUGGAACACCUUUAAUCCCCCUGUGCAUCAACAGGCAAAUAAUAUUAACCAGCCAAGUCAAUCUGGAAAUGCCUCUUUUACUGAGGGGCCUAAAGGAAGUGUUAAUGGUGCACCAUAUAGCCACUUUGAUUAUGGAGGUGGACAACCUAAUGUGGAAAGAAAUAAGGUUGAUCAUAAUGGUGGUGCAAAGAGGGGUGCCAAACCUCCAACUGCUAACAUUAAUCAGAAGAGAAGCAGAAAGCUUGCCAUAGAGUCUAGUGAUUCAGACACUUCUGGUGAUAGUGAAGAUGAAGCUACUCAGGUAAAUGGCCCUCAAACACAGUAUGUUUCUUCGUCAUCUGCACCAACUCGAAGGUCAACCAGGCACAAGCAGAAUAUCAACUAUAGUGAAGUUGGAAGUAAUGCCGAUGCCGAUGCCGAUGCCGAUGCCGAUGACUAUUCUGAUUCUCCAUCGUCAGGAAGUUCUGAUGACGUUGUUCUUGGAAGCAACGUUAGUGGUUCCACUGAGGGAAAUUUCAAGAAUAACCGCAAAGAUGAAUCCUUUAAGGAACAGGCAAAUGGAAGCAAACAGGCCAAUAUAGACAUUAGAGGGAAGUCAGUGUGUGAAAGAGUGGCUUCUAAUUCUUCUAGCACUAUGGCUGCACCUGAGCAGGAUGCAUUCUCGUAUCCUGAUCCAGAAUUUUUUGACUUUGAUAAGCUUAGGCACAUAAGUCAGUUUGCAGUUGAUCAGAUAUGGGCUCUUUAUGAUAAUGUUGAUGGGAUGCCUCGAUUUUAUGCACGAAUUCGUCAAGUUUGUAGCACACGUUUUAAGAUACAGUUCACUUGGCUUGAGUGUAAUCCCUUGAAUGAUGUUGUGGAUGCUUGGUGUGAUGAGGAAUUGCCAAUUGCUUGCGGGAAUUACAUACUUGAUUCUCCAGAGUCCACUGAAGACCAGUUGAUGUUUUCUCAUGUCAUGGCUUGGGAAAAAGGGAAAAAGAGGAACUCAUAUAAUAUAUAUCCAAGAAAGGGUGAGGUCUGGGCUCUCUUCAAGAAUUGGAAUAUUCAAUGGAACUUGGAUGCUGACAAUCAUAGGCUCUAUGAAUAUGAAGUUGUAGAAGUUCUCUCAGAUUUUGCCGAAGUAACUGGAAUUCAAGUGACACCUUUAGUAAAAAUAAAUGGUUUUGUAAGCCUGUUCAUGAGAUCAGAAGAAAAGGUUAUGUCUUCACAUGUGAUCCCACCAGAUGAAAUACUGAGAUUUUCUCAUAAUGUUCCUUCUUACAGGUUGACUGGGAUCGAAAGAGAAGGUAUUCCUCAAGGGUGUCUGGAACUUGAUCCUGCAUCUCUUCCUAUCAACUUUUCUGAGUCAUUUCCUUCUAUAAAUCUCUGCAAUGUUACAAGCAGAACUGAGAUUUUUAACGAGCCUAGUGGUUCAGGCAUCAAAGCUAGUGUGGAGAAGCCUGGAACCAGUGGACUCCAGGGACCUAAGAAUAGCACAAGUCAAAACUUGUCCCAGAACAAUGUAAAGGGGAAGGCAGAUUGGUGGCAUGCUAAAAAUGAUGGAAAACCACCUAAAAUAGACACAAUUGAGAAAGAUGAGUUGGAUAGUGGGCACAUCUCUUCUGAAAAUGAAAAUUUGGCUCCUAUUUCAUCUUCAAACCCCUUAACUUUUGAAUAUCCCGAUGCUGAAUUCCAUAAUUUUGAUGAUGCAAGGACACUUGGAAAUGUUCGACGUGGUCAGAUUUGGGCAUUAUUUAGCGAGAUUGAUGGGCACCCCAACUACUAUGGAUUGGUAAAGAAAGUUGAUUUAAAUCAUAAAGUGCAUGUUGCAUGGCUCGAACCUUGUCCUGUGUCAACACAGCAGAAAAGAUGGUUGAGUGAGGGAAUGCCAAUCUCCUGUGGAACCUUUAAAGUGGAUCAUUAUCAUAUUGUGAAAUUUGACAACAUAGGUACUUUUUCUCAUCUUGUGCAGGCCAAACCAAAUGCUAAAAAGGGCAGACAUGAUAUUCUUCCUAGCCAUGGUGAGAUUUGGGCUAUAUAUAAGAAUUGGGAUGCUGGAUGGAGCCAAUCAGAUUGGGAGAACUGUGAAUAUGAUGUGGUAGUGAUUUGUCAAUGUACUGAUGCGGCCAUUAAAGUCAAAACUUUAACCAAGGUAGAUGGUUACAGAGCUGUAUUCAAACAAGAUGUGGAAACAACGGCCGGGUCCAUGGACAUACCUGCAUGUGAUUAUGUCAGAUUCUCUCAUAGGAUACCUUCAUUCAGACUGACAAAUGAGAGAGGUGGAAAACUUCAAGGUUGUUGGGAGCUGGAUACUGCAUCUGUGCCUGAAAUUCUUUUGAUAUAAAAAAGUGCACAAUACUAGAGAUGUUGGCAAACUCUUCCUCGUUGAGAAUGGCAGCACGAGGAUCCCCAUCCACUUGAACACGCAUCAAGUCUAAUUUCACUAUGGCUUUCAUGUGUCAAAGCAAAGCCACAUGUUUGUCAGUAGUUUCGCCCUUCUGAUGAAACCAGUUGCCAGUGUUGCGGAUACUGGUCUUUUGGUCCACUUACAAGUUGAAUUUGCCUUCCAUUCUCCUUCCUUUUUGUCUGUACUUGGUGAUCCUCAAAACUCUGACUGUAGUUUGACUGCAUAUAUUUAAUGUUGGCUGUAGGCUCCAGUAAAUGGAUUUAGUUCCAAGUUACUCUUAACAUAUCCUAUCGCGCUUGGUUAAUCGGAAGUACGAGACAGAUUCCUCUA